AUGACAUGGCUUACCAUAAAGAAGCAGAGAUGUCACAGCCGGGCCCCAGGACCCAGGCGCCCAGAGGUCAUGAAGCUGGGAUUUGUCUGUGCGCUGCUUUCUCUCCUGCCAGGGUACAGCUGGGCAGACACCAGAGCCAUCGGGGCCCAGGAAUGCCACCCCAACUCGCAGCCCUGGCAGGUCGGCCUCUUCUACCUCACCCACCUCUUCUGUGGGGCCACCCUCAUCAGUGACCGCUGGCUGCUCACAGCUGCCCACUGCCGCAAGCCGUACCUGUGGGCCCGCAUCGGGGAGCAUCACCUCUGGAAAUGGGAGGGUCCAGAGCAGCUGUUCCGGGUCACGGACUUCUUCCCGCACCCUGGGUUCAAUAAGGAUCUCAGAGCCCAAGACCACAACCAUGACAUCAUGCUGAUCCGCCUGCCCAGGAAGGCUCGCCUGGGAUCUGCUGUGCAGCCCCUCAACGUCAGCCACACCUGCGUCUCCCCAGGCACCCAGUGCCUCAUCUCGGGCUGGGGGGCCGUGUCCAGCCCCAUGGUGCAGUACCCGCUCACGCUGCAGUGUGCCAACAUCAGCAUCCUGGAGCCUAGACUCUGCCACCGGGCAUACCCAGGCCACAUCUCCAAGAGCAUGCUCUGUGCCGGCCUGUGGGAGGGCGGCCGGGGCUCCUGCCAGGGUGACUCUGGGGGGCCUCUGGUUUGUCACGGGACUCUGGCUGGCGUGGUGUCCGGAGGCGCCGAGCCCUGCUCCACACCCCGGCGCCCCGCCGUCUACACGAGUGUCUGCCACUACGUGCACUGGAUCCUAAAUACAAUGAAGGAAAACUGA